AUGAACCCUCUCCUUGACACCGCAUGCUGUGCUGGGACUGCAGUGGCGGAGGCGCCUGUGACCAUCUGUGGUGAGGGCAAACCCCAACCAGGCCUGCAGCAGAGCAAGCUGUCUGGUAACAUGAUCUUGCCUCAUCACCAUCCAGCCUGUGCGGCAGCCCAUCACUACAGGCAAGUAGAAACAGAAUUGGUGGGAGAUGUGACCUACACAGCUCACAGGGACUGCUGCGUCAGAGACCCAUGCAGCAGUGCUGUGGUGGGAACUGUGACCCCAGCCCGCAUCUUGGCUGCAGCAGGCAGCGCCCUGGCCUGGGUCUUUCCAGGACUGUGGAGAGGGUAG